AUGGCUCCUCCAAGGCGCCCGCCAAGGACCAUUGAAGAUAUACUUUCCGAAGCCACUGAUCGCGAGGUUCGCAUGAUCUUGAAGGGUCUUUGCCUCGACAAUUCGAACCUACUACGCGCUGAUGAACAAUUCGACUGGCUGAUAGCCGAAAGGCCUUUCAAUCCGAAGACAUGCGUGCAGUGCGAUAGCACUUUCAUCGAGAGGGACAAUGGCCCGCGGAGCUGUCGAUAUCAUCCGGUUGUUAGCAUGUCAUGGUCUGGUGAAACGAAAGCUCAUAAUAUUCUAGAUGGCCCCAUUCAAAAUCAUGAUUCAUACGUAUGGGAUGAUAUGCAUUGGCUUCAACAGGAAUCAUACGCCACAGACCUAGAAUUUGCCAGUUCUUAUCCUGAUGGUUAUGACCACGGCUGCUGCGAGCGGCCGUACUUGCAAGGUCGGGGGUGCAAGAGGGGACGUCACCGAGCUCGAAGAAGAUAUACUAGCGUUCUGGCCUCGGAUGAGUCCAUUGAUUCGGACGGAAGUAUCAAGAUUCUCUCGGACGACGACAUUGACUCGGAUGACGACAGUGGCUCUGACUCGGAUGACGGCAGUGGCUCUGACUCGGAGGAUGAUGAGGAUUCUCACGGCUUUGAAGAUCCUGGGAAUGAGAAGAGCGAUGUCAGCAAUGGAACUGAUGGCAAUGGCAUCGAGACGACGAAGUCGGAAGGGUCCCCGAGUGCACUGAAGAGGAAAAGAGGUUCUGCAACGCCUGCUGACGAGAAAGGUGAUGAUGCGAACGAUUGCAAGUCAGAAGAUGUCGACGACAGCCUUGACGCUGCGCUACUUCGACACAAGCGCACCUGCACCAAUCCCAAGUCAUGUCAGGGGGAGGUUGUCCAAACAUAG